AUGCUUCUCCAACCCGCCUUCCCAAAGUCUCCUCCAAAUUAUCCUAAACAGAAUCGGAGCACUGUAUACGCUCCAAAUUCGCCCUCAUUUUCAUCUGGGCUCCUUAAAAAUUCGACCAUUUUUCUGAAGCAGUCCAUCUUAUCCACCAGCUACAGAAUCCAUAAGAAAAAUCAGGUUUUUAUUACGUGUUCAUCAGUAUCAAAUGCUCACAGCUAUGGACCAGUUCACUAUGAUGAGAAGAGGCCCACGAUGAAGUGGAACAGUAUAUGCAAGAAAAUAAUUAAGCUGGAAAACUCAAAUUUGGGGGCUGCUUCAGUGUUGAAUCAGUUGGAAAAUAAGGGCAAGAUGAUCACAAGUUGGGAGAUGUUCAACAUUUUGAAGGAGCUUAGGAAGUUUAGGCGGUUCAAGCUUGCACUUGAGGUAUGUGAAUGGAUGAAUAACAGGUCUGAGAGGUUUAGAGUAACCACCAGUGACACCGCCAUACACCUCGACCUCAUUGCAAAAACGCACGGCAUCUCGAGCGCCGAACAAUACUUCAAAAAAUUACCAGACGGCUUAAAGGACAAGAGAGUAUACUCCUCCCUCCUGAAUGCAUACGCCCGGUCAAAAAUGAGGGAAAAAGCUGAGUCCUUAUUUGACAAAAUGAGAAAUCGAAACUACACCGACCAUACCCUUCCUUUCAACUUGAUGAUGACCCUCUACAGGAACCUCAAAGAUUACGAGAAGAUCGAGUACAUAGUAUCAGAAAUGGUUGAGAAAAGGAUAUCGCUUGAUACCUAUACCUACAAUGUAUGGCUGUCUUCCCUUGGGUCCCAAGGCUCCCUGGACAAAAUGGAGCAAGUUUUUAAGCAGAUGGAGCUCGACAACUCCGUAAAUCCCAACUGGAUAACUUACAGCACAAUGGCCAUGAGGUAUAUUAAAUCGGGGCUCCUGGAGAAAGCUGAGGAAUAUCUGAAGAAAAUCGAGGACCAGAUUACAGGCCAAAACCGUUUGCCUUACCACCAUCUCAUUAACCUGUACGCUGCUGCAGGCAAGAAGGAGGAGGUUUAUCGAGUGUGGAGCAUUUACAGGGCCUCAUUUGUAUAUAUCCCUAACAUCGCGUAUCAUGAUGUAAUUUUAGCCCUCACCCGCCUGGAUGACAUCGAGGGUGCCGAGAAGAUGUACGAGGAGUGGCUUUCGGUGAAAUCGGCUUACGACCCGCGGGUGGGUAAUGUGCUUUUGAGCUCGUAUGUGAGAAAGGGACUUUCAGAAAAGGCUAAGACUUUUUUCGAGCAGAUGAUGGAGAUUGGGGGGAAACAGAACUCGAUGAGUUGGGAGAUACUCUCGGAGGACCACAUUGCAAAUAUGAGGAUUCCGGAAGCCCUUUCUUGCCUGAAAAAUGCUGCAGCCUUAGCUGAGGGGUCAAGAAACUGGAAGCCGAAGCCCAUAAAUGUGUCGAAAAUUCUCAAGAUUGUGGAGGAAGGUGAUGAUGUGGCAGGUAAGGAGUCAUUGUUGGAGAUUUUGAGUGAGGUUGGGUGUCUGAACGAUGCAAAUUACAUGUCAUAUAUACCCUUGUCGGGUGGUGAAAAGUUAGCCGGGAUGGGCCCGAAUGAGGAGGGCAGUGCUGGGGAUGAGGGUGAUGAUGGAAAAUUUGAGCUUCUCGACCAACUCCAGGAGAGCUUCUGA